AUGAUUUCAACAAUCGGCACAACAGCAAUACAAGCCGCGAACGGCGGGGCUCUGUCCACAACUACAGCACCAAACUCGUUAGUCAUGAAUCCUACGUCAAUGUUAGUAGAGAUGAAAAGCUUCAUUCCUUCUUCAUAUACUUUCGAAACAAAAAUCCAGAAGAUAAAGCAAGAACUUUUAACAAGUAAUUUAGACUGUAGUGCGAAAGAUGAAACAAAUGAACAGUAUCUUUAUGAAAUGCAGGACAUUAUUGACCAUUUACCUAAACUACCUGAAAUCCAACAACAAAAACUAACUAUUCCUGAAUUCGACGAAAUUGAAGUCAAAACAACUGACUCAGUAGAAAUAAAGAAGUUCAUACGUAAAGUAAAUUAUGAAUUCCUUGGUUUUCAUUGCAACCAUAAAGUUAUGGACAAAGAUUGCGACAUGGUUUAUAAGAAUGUUUCUGACAUAUAUAAAUCUGAAGAAUUUAAGACCUACGAUAACUUUGUUUCAUUAGUUGCUGAAUGUGUUUGGGAAAUAAGAGAUAAAGAUAGAAGAGGCAAAGUAUGGAACGAACAACUAAGACCCGCUAUGUUUGAGAUGAAGAGAGCAAUUGACGCCUUAGUUGUUUUAGCAGGUCAAAUUUCAAUGUAUAACGCAAAAAUGAACCCGCAAUGUUCAAAAUGUAAGGCAGCGAUGAGGAAAUAUAACUACUCCGUCAAAGAGAUAGAAAGAAUGAGAAACGACUAUGCAGAUUUAAAGAAAGAAGUAGAAAACCCAGCAGAAAAUAAAAUGGAUAUGUUGACAUUUCUGAACAAAAAUUAUCCAACUGCUGACGAUUUCCUUCUAUCUGACGUCAAGAAGAAAUAUAAAGAAACCUUCGGCAUUGUUAAAACAUUCGAUGUACUAAAAGAAGAAAUAGAAGCUACGAAAUUGUUUAGGAUUUCAAAUAUACAUCGUACAAUUCAUGUAAAACGCUUGUGA